AUUGAAUGUAUAGUUGAUAUGUUUCCGUAUAUGUUGUGAAUAAAUAUUUUUUCCGGGUCGCCGUUUAUAAAAAAACCGUCAAAGGAACCGUUACUUCUCAACACUCUCCCAUCUUGUUUCUUCUCUCUUGUCUCCUUUUCUCUCAAUAUAUUCGUAGGACGACGAAUCGAACAAAAUCUCUCAAACUCUCUGAGACAUUUCGAGUUUGAUCCUUGUCUAUUUUCAUUUGGUCGUUUCGAUAAUUUUGAAACCAAUUCACUGUGCGUUUCAUUUCGCGGUUCGACAAAGAUGUUCGUGAAGAAGCUGGUCGAGAAAGCAGCGAAGAAGCCUGGAGGAAGCUCGUCGGAAGGACUAAGAGCUAAUGACGUUGAGCCACGUGUCGUUCUACAUUAUGGAAUCCCAUCAGGUUCUCACUUGUUUGCUUAUGAUCCAAUUCAGAAGAUCCUCGCCGUUUCCACCAGGGAUGGUAGAAUCAAACUGUUUGGGAAAGAUCAGACUCAGUGUUUACUAGUGUCAGAAGAAGCAUCAACAAGCAAGUUUCUUGAGUUUGUUCAGAACCAAGGAAUCCUUCUCAAUGUGAACGCCAAGAACCAGAUUGAGGUUUGGGACUUAGAAAAGAGGCUUCUGUCUCAUGUUCAUGCCUUCAACGGCGAGAUCACUUCUUUCCGGGUUAUGCAACAUACACCUUACUUUUACGUUGGAGAUUCUUCUGGUAAUGUAUCGGUGUUGAAGAUCGAUCAAGAAGCUAAUCAAGUUAUACAAAUGGACUACACUAUACCUUAUCUAGCAUCAAAUGGUAAUCAACCACUUUACAUUCCACUUGGAUCAGAACCGCCUCUUGAAACAUCUUGUUGCUUUGUAGGCUCUCCCGUUGAAACUAGUGAUGAUACUUCAGUUGUGAGCAUCCUACCACAGCCAACAGCUGAAAGCAAAAGGAUUCUUCUGGUAUUCAGUAGCGGGUUUAUAGCAUUAUGGGACAUCAAAGAAAGCAAACCGGUUCUUAAAACCGGGGGUCACGGGAUGGUGAAGCAGGAAGCCAAGAAAGCUACUUGUGCUUGUUGGGUUUGCCCUUCUGGAAGCAGAGUUUCAGUUGGAUACAGUAAUGGAGAUAUUCUCAUAUGGAGCAUUCCUUCAAAAGGCGAAUCCUCCACAGAGAGCUCUGCAAUGAUCUGCAAGCUUAACCUCGGAUACAAAUCCGAGAAGAUACCCAUAGCUUCUCUGAAAUGGGUUUAUGGCGAAGGGAAAGCAAGCCGGGUUUAUGUCAUUGGAUCAUCCUCGAACUUGUUGCAGGUGGUUUUGCUGAAUGAUCAAACGGAAACUCGGAUGAUCAAGCUGGGGCUUCAUGUGUCUGAGCCUUGUUCUGAUAUGGAGAUGAUCAUGGCUGAUGGUAAUGAUCAGGGAAAGCAUAAACAGGGUUCUCUGUUUGUUCUUGGAAAGUCUGGACGUGUGUACGCUUACGAUGAUAACAUGAUCGAGAAGUAUCUGAUUCAAUCUCAGUCCAAAUCAGCUCCUUCUCUCCCAAAGGAAACUUUGGUUAAGAUGCCAUUUUCAGAUUCUAGCAGCAUCACAGUUGGGAAAUUCCUCACAAACCCUUCACACUUACUGAAUCUCUCUGACGAGGAUUAUGCUCAGCUGGCGAAAGAUGCUGCGUCGAUUCUUCCUUCUCAGACAGUUUCAAAGGAAAGUUCCCGUUCUGCGCAUUUUCCUGGUUUCACAAAGGUUAAGAAUGUUUACAUCACAGGGCAUAAUGAUGGAACUAUUGGUGUAUGGGACAUGUCUUGUCCUUUUCUCAUUCCUGUCUUGUUCCUUAAAGAACAGACUGAUCAAGAUAUACCUUCACGUGGAACUGCGGCAUUGACAGCUUUGCAUUUUGACAGCAACCUAAGGCUUCUUGCUUCUGGUGAUCAGAACGGAAUGGUUCGACUUUAUAGGUUCAAACCUGAGCCAUACCUAACAGAAAAUAGUUUUAUCCCUUUCCAUGGAAGCUCAAAGAAAGGGAAUACACAUAUUGUUCAAAGUGUUAAGAACAUAAAGCUUACUGGUUCCAUAACCUGUAUUCACAAGAGCCAGAACUCGAAACAUCUCGCUAUUGGAUCAGAUCAAGGACAUGUUUCGCUUGUCGACAUUGAGGAAGCAACUGUGAUAUACACAAAACACAUCGCAAGUGAAAUCUGCUCAGGGGUCAUCUCCUUGCAAUCUGAGAGUUGCAGUGUGCAAGGCUUCGAGAAGAACGUGUUAGUGGUUGCUAUGAGGGACUCCUCUGUUUUUGCUCUCGACAGCGACACAGGGAAUAUGAUUGGAACCAACAUGAUUAAGCCUAAAAAGCCAUUCAAGGCUCUGUUCAUGCAGAUACUUGACGGAAAACAAGACUCUUCAGGAAAUGGAACUGAUUCGAACAGAGAAAGCAUAGUUGAGGAUGUUUCAAUAAGGCAGCCUUCGGUUUUGAUUUGCUCUGAGAAAUCUAUAUAUGUCUACUCUUUGGCACAAGUUGUCCAGGGAGUGAAGAAGGUCCUUCACAAGAAAAAGUUUAGUUCCCCAUCCAUUUGCUCAGCUUCUACCUUCCAUGGAACCUCUGGUGUUGGUCUUACACUUGUUUUCUCAGAUGAAACUGUUGAGAUAAGGUCUUUGCCAGAACUCUCGCUGCUAAAACAGAUUUCCAUUAGAGGCUUCUCAUAUUCUUCACCAAAACAAAACUCUUUACUAGAGAUUACCAUAUCUGCUUCUUGGGACGGAGAUCUAGUCAUGGUGAAUGGAGACAGCGAACUGAUUGUCAGCUCAGUUUUACCUCAAAAGGACACAUUUAGGCUUGUGGAGUCGUUGAGCCGAGUUUACAAGAAAGAUAGCACAGUUUGCCAGGAAGGCAACAUCGCAUCAUCUCCAAAGGAAAAGAAGGGUAUGUUUGGUUCCGUCUUCAAGACUAAACCCAAGCGCACCACUGAUACAGAAACGGAAAGCACCAAGGAAACCAUCGAGGCGCUGUCUAAAAUCUUUGCCACAGCUAAUUUCCCGUGGAACAACAAUGUCGAGCGUAGUAGAGAGUGCAAUACAGUUAUUAGAGUUGACAAUGAAGAAGAAGAGUUGGACAUAGAUGACAUUGACAUUGAAGAUGAUGAUGAUCAUCAUCAACCACAAGAACAAGAGCAGCAUAAAGAACAAGGGAUCUUGUCAGGGAUUAGUAAGCAGAAGCUGGCGAAUAAGUUUAGCAGCUUCAAAGGUAAGCUGAAGCAGAUGACGGCUAAGAAUGAAAAGAGUGUUGUUGCAACCAAUGAAGAGAAACAUGAGGAGACAAGCGGCACCACAGUCGAGCAGAUCAAGAAGAGAUACGGGUUUGCUCCGUCAGAGGAAACGAGUGCUGCCAAAAUGGCUCAUAGCAAACUUCAAGACAACUUGAAAAAGUUACAGGGGAUUAGCUUGAAGACGACGGAAAUGGAAGAUACUGCAAAGUCUUUCUCCUCUACGGCAAAGGAAUUGCUGAAUGCUGUUGAGUUCAAUAAACAGAGCUCGAAAUCGUAGCACUCUCUUCUGUCGCUGCAUUAAUCUUUUAUUUCAAACUAUUAUACUAAAGAACUAACUCUGUGUGAACAAAAAAUACCAUUCAUUUUGUUUGACCAUAUUGAUGAACUCAUUGUAAAUAGCUUCUUCAUAGAGAUACAUUACACCUGUGGGGGUUUUUCAAUUUCUUGUGAACAUUUGACACUGGAUAAACCGAAAUCAUUCAACAA